CUGUGACGCCCUCGCUUCACGUUCUCUUGGUGGUCGUGGAGACCAGAAGAAGAGCGCCAGGCCUGCUGACUGAAACCGUCUGUGGAGAUUCUGGGAUACUUCAAAGAAAUGUAGUAUAGGAGUAGAUGAAAUCAAGCCUUCUGAUUGGUUAAGAGUCACAAGGUGUACAUUAUUCAGCCAUAAUGCCUGACAGCUGUUUACAUUUAUCUGAGCCAAUAAGAUCCUUCAGGUGGACGUCAAGCAGAGAAAAGAAAGAAAGGGACACCACUAAAGGGUGACCACUAGGGGGCAGCAGUUGCAGUAUAAAGGGUGACCACUAGGGGGCAGCAGUUGCAGUAUAAAGAGUGACCACUAGGGGGCAGCAGUUGCCGUAUAAAGGGUGACCACUAGGGGGCAGCAGUUGCCGUAUAAAGGGUGACCACUAGGGGGCAGCAGUUGCCGUAUAAAGGGUGACAACUAGGGGGCAGCAGUUGCAGUAUAAAGGGUGACCACUAGGGGGCAGCAGUUGCCGUAUAAAGGGUGACCACUAGGGGGCAGCAGUUGCCGUAUAAAGGGUGACCACUAGGGGGCAGCAGUUGCAGUAUAAAGGGUGACCACUAGGGGGCAGCAGUUGCAGUAUAAAGGGUGACCACUAGGGGGCAUCAGUUGCAGUAUAAAGGGUGACCACUAGGGGGAAUCAGUUGCAGUAUAAAGGGUGACCACUAGGGGGCAGCAGUUGCAGUAUAAAGGGUGACCACUAGGGGGCAUCAGUUGCAGUAUAAAGGGUGACCACUAGGGGGAAUCAGUUGCAGUAUAAAGGGUGACCACUAGGGGGCAGCAGUUGCCGUAUAAAGGGUGACCACUAGGGGGCAGCAGUUACAAUAUAAAGGGUGACCACUAGGGGGCAGCAGUUACAAUAUAAAGGGUGACAACUAGGGGGCAGCAGUUACAAUAUAAAGGGUGACCACUAGGGGGCAGCAGUUACAAUAUAAAGGGUGACAACUAGGGGGCAGCAGUUACAAUAUAAAGGGUGACCACUAGGGGGCAGCAGUUGCAGUAUAAAGGGUGACCACUAGGGGGCAGCAGUUGCAGUAUAAAGGGUGACCACUAGGGGGCAUCAGUUGCAGUAUAAAGGGGGACCACUAGGGGGCAUCAGUUGCAGUAUAAAAGGGGACCACUAGGGGGCAGCAGUCGGUGUAGACGUCGGGGACACGACUAAACAAAGUCCGGUAAAGGUGGAAAGAUAUUCACAGAUUGGGACUUCCUGUGUGUUGGUCUGUUGUCAUGGCAACAGACCAACACACAGGACCGUGUUCUCUCGGCUCCUGAAAUGUGAUACUCAACGUUUGGCUCACUGAUUACUGACUAUUUAUAAUGUCGCACAAAACCGUGUUAUAACAAGUUUGCCUUUGAAGUGGACAUUAUUGACGAUACAGUCCUGCCUCUCGUACCUUAUUGUUUGAAUAUAUAUCAAUGUGUGAGACGUGUUUGAAUCACAACUCUUGGUUUUAGGGGGCAGUGCCUGUAGACGUGGGGGGGGGGGGGGGGGGGUCACGAACUCUGGGUCAGGACUACAGAUGAGGACCAGACCAGCACCCAGUCCCCCAUGAUCUGGAGGAGGGAAGGGGGCGGAGUCUGACUGAACUUAAGUUGACUGAGGACACUGAGGACACUGAGGACACUGUUAUUCUAAUAGUAUUUGUCCACUCAUGUUUACACAAAAAGUCCAAUUCGUUGUGUGUCCAACUCAAAUAAAGCCGGUCCGCUCAGUUCAUGGUCCGGUCACUGUUUCAUUCACAAAGGUCGGGGAGGUCGAUGCGUGCAGCUCGUCCCUCUGAGGGGAGGUUGUGUUUCUGGGAUCGACAAAAUAAACUGAAUUGAAUCAACAUAUUUUAUUAAAUAUAGCCUGAAAGUAAUGUAGAGCAUACAUGGAACAGGAAUCAACGUUUAAUGAAGUAGAUUCAUUAAAAAUAGAAAACAUUUAACUUCAGUCACAUUUUGAGACUUUUAUUUUGAAACUCCGCGGCUCAUCGGUUCCGGAAGCUGUAUUCUUCACUGAGGCUAAUUCACAGUAUUCAAGAUGGCGUCUACCAGGAACCUGCGAGUCCGCGGAGUGUUAGCUUAGCACGUUAGCCACAGGCUAGUCCGAGGGCCUGUUGAUGGAGAGCAGCGGGCUUUGUGACGGAGUUCGUGUGGACAACAAGUGUGUGUCGUUGUGUGAACAUGUGUAAAGUCCACAUGCUGAGAGCCUUGGUGAAGCAGCGACUCACUGCGGCUGCGCAAGAGAUAUUUGGGCUGUUUGAAAGAGCGAUAGCAGAGUACGAGGAGGAACUGUGUGCUUCUAGAGAGGAGAACGAGCGACACCGGGAACUACUGGACGCUGUGCUCAACCCUCAGCUGCGGCUCCACAGAGCAGACGGCCAGCAGCUGGUGGGUCAACACGAGGGUCCUGAGCAGGACUGGAGCUCCAGUCUGAACCAGCAGGACCAGGAGGACCAGGAGGACCAGCAAGACCAGCAGGACCAGCAAGACCAGGAGGACCAGAAAGACCAGGAGGACCAGAAAGACCAGGAGGACCAGCAAGACCAGGAGGACCAGAAAGACCAGAAAGACCAGGAGGACCAGCAGGACCAGCAGGACCAGCAAGACCAGGAGGACCAGGAGGACCAGCAGGACCAGCAGGACCAGCAGGACCAGCAAGACCAGGAGGACCAGAAAGACCAGAAAGACCAGCAGGACCAGCAGGACCCUCAUAUUAAAGAGGACCAGCAGGACCAGGAGGACCAGCAAGACCAGGAGGACCCUCAUAUUAAAGAGGACCAGGAGGACCAGCAAGACCAGCAGGACCAGGAGGACCAGCAAGACCAGGAGGACCAGAAAGACCAGAAAGACCAGCAGGACCAGCAGGACCAGCAAGACCAGGAGGACCAGGAGGACCAGCAGGACCAGCAGGACCAGCAAGACCAGGAGGACCAGAAAGACCAGCAGGACCCUCAUAUUAAAGAGGACCAGCAGGACCAGGAGGACCAGCAAGACCAGGAGGACCCUCAUAUUAAAGAGGACCAGGAGGACCAGCAAGACCAGCAGGACCAGGAGGACCAGAAAGACCAGGAGGACCAGGAAGACCAGGAAGACCAGGAGGACCAGCAGGACCAGGAGGACCAGCAGGACCAGCAGGACCAGCAGGACCAGCAGGACCAGCAAGACCAGCAGGACCAGGAGGACAAGCAAGACCAGGAGGACCAGCAGGAUCUAGAGCCCCCUCAUAUCAAAGAGGAAGAGGAGGACCUCUGGACCAAUCAGGAGGGAGCGCAGCUUGAAGGUCUGGAGGAGGCUGGUGUCAGGUUCUCAUUCUCUCCUGUGAAGAGUGAAGAUGAUGAAGAGGAAGCUCAGUCCUCUCAUCUUCAUCAAAGACGAACUGAACACAUGGAAACAGAAGCUGAUGGAGAGGACUGUGGAGGACCAGAACCAGACAGGAAGUCAGGACCAGAACCAGACAGGAAGUCAGGACCAGAUAACGAGACUGGAGACUCUUCUGGGACUGAACACAGUGACGGUUUGAAGGCGACCAGAGACCCUCAUUCAGGUCUCAACUCUCAUGCUCGUUGUGUGAGAAGUGGAACUGGGGAGAAACCGUUCAGCUGCUCCGAGUGUGGGACACGUUUUAGGACCAAGACGAGUCUGAAGAGACACAAACUAAUCCACACGGGAGAGAAACCCUUCGGCUGCUCAGCGUGUGAGAAAACAUUUCUUCUUCCACACAUCUGAAGAGACACAUGAUAUCUCACACAGGAGAGAAACCCUUCGGCUGCUCCGUCUGCGAGAAACAGUUCACACAGAAUAGUGAUUUACAGAU